AUGGCAUCGAAGAUUAUUGGGCCCAUCCGCACCUUCCAGCCUCCUCGUUCGCCCCUGCUGGUGAAACCCUCGAGGCAAAGCCUGUCGACGGUUGCCUUGCGCGCAGCAAAGGACCAGAAGAACAACCGCACGUGUAGAGCUACCGAGUUCCGGUGUAACAGCGGCCGGUGCAUCCCGCGGCGAUGGAUGUGCGACUACCAAAAGGACUGCGAGGAGGGCGAGGACGAGCAGCAUGACUGUCCACCGCCUGAGUGUGAAGCAGAGCAGUUUGCGUGCGGAGAGUAUGUCUGGAAUCACACCUAUUGCAUCCCCACGCACCAGCGCUGCGACAAGGUUGACGAUUGCAAAGACAAGUCAGACGAGGAGGGAUGCUAUUACCGUACGUGCCUGCCCGAGGACCACACGUGCGGGUCGGGGCUCUGCAUUCCGCCCACCAAGAAAUGUGACGGCUAUUUCGACUGCCGCGAUGAGUCGGAUGAAAAGGGUUGCAACAAGACAUCAUGCGCGAAGGACAAGUUUCGCUGCAAUGACAAAUGUAUAGAAAAGAGUCAGAAAUGUGAUCACAACAACGACUGCGGGGAUAACUCGGAUGAGGAGGACUGUGAUUAUCCGCCGUGCCACGAGGACCAGUUUCGCUGCGCCAACGCGCUCUGCAUUCCGCGCCGGUGGCACUGCGACGGGCAUAGCGACUGCCCCGACUCCUCAGAUGAGGCCAGAAACUGCAAAAUCUGCAAUCGCGUGUCCAGACUCGAAAAUUCCUUCUGCGCGAUAGGAAAACCGUUGGCAUCGAAAGUUCCAAGUUGUGUGAUACACAUCGAGACUAUGGAAAUGAUGUAG